AUCUGCCUUGUCAAAAAUCAUGAUGCUUGAAAUAUUUUAGUGAUUUUUUUUUAAAAUAAUAAAAAAAUACAAAUUUUCCAGUAUCUCGUGUCACAAAAAUCAAAAAAAUGGUGAUAUUUCAAGAGCCGCCGCCCAGUGCAAGAGGCACCAAAAAAUCCGGGGCAAUUAGAGUAAAACUACGCAAAAAAACCGCUGCCAUAUUACAAAAAAUGCCCGCCGUUCCAGAACUGAAGAAAAAACGCGUCAAAUGGUGGGAGAAGGAAAGCAUACAAUAUGCAUUUAACAUUCAACAAGUCCGGAACCGUUUAGAAAAGUUAAUGGGAACAAACUAUGUGAGCCUCACCGAUCGCGAUUACAUGCAAAGACUCCAAGAGAGAAUACUAGAGGAUUAUGAGGAACAGAUGGUGAAAAGGAUCAAAGUCAGAGAGGAAGAGGAAAUGGAACGCGUAAAGAACUUGGUUCUCAUGGGCAAGAUUCCUCUGGAUCAAGCGCCUCCGGAAAUGGCCAAACACCCCAUAAUGCUUAUCGAAAACUACUGCAAUCAGCUGAUUGCUGAACGACGAGCCAAGAUUAAAAUCUACAAAGUGAAAAUCCCGACUUACUUGUACUGGGACGACACUCCCGAUCCGCCCUCUGGUCUCUCAAUAGAGUCUGGACAUGUAUUCAGGCAAGGUGAGAAGUUAUGCCAACCGGUAGAACGCCAUCUAGAUGUCACUGAAGAAGAAGACUUGGAGAGCAAAUACCUUAUGCCUCAAGAAGAUUUCGAAAAGGUCAAAUAUGAAAGUUCUUUGGUGAAACGACUGUUGGCCUGUGAAACUGUAGAGGAAAUGUAUGCCUUGGCAGACGAUAUAAUCGGAAUCCUCAAGACGAUUGACGUAACCACGAAAGUAGCCGAAGACAACUUGUCGGAUUCCCUCGCAAAUUCGUAAAGGAGUUUGUAUUGUUUUUGUAAUUUACUAGUAAGCUGUAGCGCGUCACAUACGUUUAAGAUCAAAACAUGGUUUGUUGGAUGUACAUUAAAAGUUUGGUAUCUUA